AUGCAGCCCCCGUCUGUGCUCUUCGGUCACUGUUUUCGGGCGGAGACGGCUGCUUCAUUCAAAUCCUUCCCUGCAGUGAGAAAUUUUGGCCCGAACAGUUUCAAUUUUAAGGAACUCUCCAAGACGAAAGGAAGUCCAGAUUACUUCAGUGUGAAGCACGUUGGAGGCUCCUCUCCUACCGCAAGCUUAGCUGCAGAUCUUUCACAGAACUUCCACAUUGACCAAAGUCCUCAGUUAGUAACACCGCGGAGAUCGCUGUUUUCAGCGAAUUCGUUUGGUUCGGAAAAUGGUCGAGUCCUCUUCAAGAUUCACCAAUUGGGUCAACUCAUCCCAAUAUUCCGCCAGAUGAGCAAUUCCCAACCAUUCGUGAAAUUUGGAAAUGGAAAUAGUAAGCUCUCUACGUCGACAUCGCUUUCAUUAUCUGAGAUAUUUGAGGGAUCACCGGAAAGACCAGCCUCACGGACCAAUCUUUCAAAUGAACAAAUGGGACUCUCUCGUCCACGAGCUCCCUUUUCAAGUUUCGUCGGACAAUCUCGCGGAAACGGGUCUCCAGGGCAUGGUGCUGUGCGCAAAGGUUCCAAUCCAUUUUCUCGACCUAGGAAACAGUGUAGAAGGUCACUAAGCAUGUUUGAGCACCCUGACGAUGUAAUGAAUCAAGACAACGAUGCUAGUGUGAAUAUCCUAUCUUUAAGCGAUAUGGAAGAGGCACCUACUCUACAUUUACCUCAUUUCAUCCCAGAAGAUCAACCCGACAGUCUCCCCAGGAUUGAGAGCACUGUUUUGGUUGAUAUUCUUGAUGGGAAAUAUAAUGAUAAAUAUAACGACAUAAUCAUUAUUGACUGUCGAUUUGAGUACGAGUAUGAAGGUGGCCAUAUAAAUGGUGCUGUCAAUUACAAUGAUAAGGAGCAUCUUGCAUCGAGGUUGUUCUCUGAGGACAUGAAGCCAAACACGAUGUUGGUCUUCCAUUGCGAGUACUCUGCUCACCGUGCUCCUAUUAUGGCCAAGUUUAUUCGACACAAAGAUCGCGCAGUCAAUAUCGACGAGUACCCCAAACUCACAUACCCCGAAAUGUAUAUCCUGGAUGGUGGUUACAGUGCUUUCUUUUCCGUGUACCGAUCUCUCUGCAUUCCGCAAAACUAUGUUGAGAUGGCCGCAAAGGAGCAUGCCUUUGCCUGUGAAAGAGGCCUCGGGAAAGUAAAACAACGGUCAAAGCUUGCCAGAGCUCAGACAUUUGCUUUCGGACAACAUUCUACUACCCAAAUGGAAGACAGUCCUACGGGGCGCUGUCGGAAUGCUGGCAGUGACCGCAACCUGUCUCUGGAAAUCCCGGAACCUGGACGCUUGCCUGGACGGCGUAUGUUUAGCCACUGA